GAUCAUCAGUGUAUAUUUUGCUGACUAGUAAAAGUAUCUUCAGUGCUUUGACUGGCACACCAUGUUAACUAAUACUCAGGGGCUUUCUGCUCUGUCUGUAACCAAUUUUUUACUAUAAAUGCUUUUUCCAUUUGAGAAAGAAAGAUGCCUUCUCAAGGACUAUCCCUGAUUUUUCCUCUGUUGUUUAUCUGCUUCUUCAGGGAGAGCUUCUGCAUUUGUGAUGGUACUACCUGGACAAAGGUUGGAUGGGAGAUUUUUCCAGAAGAAACGCAUCAUUUGAAAGUUAAGCCUUCUCCAUCUCACUGUCUACCUUACCCUCUGAACAAACUAUGCUGCAAUUUUGCUAGUAUGGAUAUAUUUCAGUGUUGUUUACAUCUUAUUUAUAUUGUAGUACAAGCUCUCUUUUUAAUCCUGUCUGUUUUAUCUGCUCAUUACCUGUGGGUGAAAUGGAAGAAACACAAAAAAAAGCUGAAGAAACAAGCCUCCUUAGAUACAGCUGGUAAUGAUCUAGAAAGCCAGCCCAUCUAUGACGUUGACCAAAUACUCUGCAGACCGGUGGCCACAACAUCAAUGAUCGCCAAGUACCUGAAUCAGGUGUUCCAUCAUCCUCCAGCUAAGAAAGUCAAGCACCAAAAACUAAAGGGGAAGAAGAGUGAAGGAGAAGGAGCCAGAGGAUACUAGACAUAUCCAUAUGCAAAUAUAACUCAGUCCAUUAUGAAGACUACACAAGAAAUCUAUUGCAAGAACUCAUGUAAGGACAAAAAUGGUUCUUUGGCAUCCUUUGUAAAUUUUUUGCCACGUUCUUUAAGGAAACUUUCCAACAAAGUCUGGAUCAAACAGUUAUUUCUAUUCAGCUAAAACGGCUCCAUACUCACUAAAAGUAAUGGGGAAAGACUGUAUACGAUCACUGCUUCAUGUUUAAGUGCUUUGUCCUUUUCAAUGUGUUCGAUUACUAAUCAUUAAACAAUCUGUAGAACAGAAUCUUCAUUUAGUGUUUCAGUAAAUCUCUGAUUUAA